AUGUCUGGGGUUAUUUUAUUUCAUUAUUUUUUAAAUCUGCAGGUUGCAAUAAAAAUAAUAGAUAAAACAAGGUUAGACCCAAGCAAUCUGGAGAAGAUUUAUAGAGAAGUUCAGAUAAUGAAGCUUUUGAAUCAUCCCCACAUUAUCAAGCUAUAUCAGGUUAUGGAGACAAAGGAUAUGCUUUACAUUGUUACUGAGUUUGCAAAGAAUGGAGAAAUGUUUGAUCAUCUGACCUCCAAUGGGCACUUAAGUGAAAGUGAAGCACGGAAGAAAUUCUGGCAGAUUCUUUCAGCAGUGGAAUAUUGUCACAGCCACCACAUAGUGCACAGGGAUCUCAAAACAGAGAACCUUCUGCUAGAUGCUAACAUGAAUAUCAAGUUAGCAGACUUUGGCUUUGGAAACUUCUAUAAGUCAGGAGAACCCCUCUCCACUUGGUGUGGAAGCCCACCCUAUGCAGCUCCGGAAGUUUUUGAAGGCAAAGAAUAUGAAGGACCUCACCUUGAUAUAUGGAGCCUUGGGGUGGUGCUGUAUGUCCUUGUCUGCGGUUCUCUGCCUUUUGAUGGACCCAAUUUACCAACUCUGAGGCAAAGAGUGCUGGAGGGACGGUUCCGCAUCCCUUAUUUCAUGUCCGAAGACUGUGAAACACUAAUCCGACGGAUGUUGGUUGUGGACCCAACCAAGCGAAUAACCAUUUCCCAAAUAAAGCAGCACAAGUGGAUGCAAGCUGACCCAUCUCUUCAACAGCAGCAGUCUUUGUCCUUCUCCAUGCAAAACUACAACUCCAACCUGGGUGACUACAAUGAACAGGUCCUUGGGAUCAUGCAAACACUUGGCAUCGACAGGCAGAGAACUGUUGAGUCUCUGCAAAACAGCAGCUACAACCAUUUUGCUGCGAUUUAUUACCUGCUUCUGGAGCGCCUCAAGGAGUAUCGAAGCAGCCAGCUAUCGAGUCGUCCAGCAGCGGGCCGUCAGCAAAGGCCGAGGAGCUCCGAGAUCAGCAAUGUUGAG